UUCUUGACAAUGCAUAAUGAUAUAUUCAUUUCUCUUUCUAAUUGAUACUUCAAUGUUUAGUACCCGGUCAUCAAUGACAUUCAAAUCAAGGUAUUCAAUGCAAUACCGCUGAAAAACAUAGCAAUUGGUAUUGAUGAACUUCCCAAAAAUAUUGUUACAUCUCUGCGUAAUACAAGAGUUUCCAUUGACUAACGACUAAAUACAAUCAUGUAAUUCCAAUUAGUACUUGCUAUUAAUAUUCAACCAUAUCUUCUCAGAGACUAAGCUUUAGACAUGACAUGGAGCACGCAUGGGCUAUUUUGACGUACUAUAUAUUUUCGAGUUGAUAAUCUUCUUUCUGAACCUAUUUGACCCAAAGUUCGGUAACUCUCUUCUUCAAAAAUUCCAUAAUCUGAUACCUAUUAAAUAACGAACUUUUAAGCCUUGACGUUCUUCAGAAAUGGAAUUACCAAGCUUUCUUAAAUUUGACAUCGAAGACGAGGAUGAGGCGGCAUUGUUCCGGGAAGAAGCCGAGGUUCUUGUUGAUUAUGUCUGCGAAAUUGAAGCAUGGACUGUCCUGUCCUCAGAGCAGGAGAAAAUUCUGGACUCGGCUCUCGAAUGGGUGCCGUACGCAAUUCGCCAACUUAAUGAUGCCGAUGCCAGGAUUCCCAGUACUAAAGAAGGCGCAAUAAAAGAGAUCCAAGCUGCCCUGGGUCUCUUGCAUGCUUUCGAACCAAAAGUUAAGGCGAUUCUCCUAACGAGCGAGGACUUGAAAAGAGAAGCUAAAGCGAAAGAGGAAGAACUAAAGGUAAGAGAAGUAGCAGUUGAGUCUCCGUCACCACGACGGCCCAACAGCUUCUAGUUAAUAUAUUCUCUUAUUCCAUACUAAUAUAAUUAUGUUCAAGUAAAAUUCUCCAUAUAAAAGGUACCUAAACAAAUUAGAUAGUCUUCUUAUGUCCUCACUAGAGUAAAGUAUUUUAGGUAUUUUAGUUGAGCCGGAAUAUACUUGGUAGCAU